CUCAUUUUACAGGAAAUUUGCUGAAGGCAAAUGUACAGAAAGACAGUGAAAUGUACUAGACUCACUUCCAUGAACACGUCUUAACAUCAUCUCAGCAACAACAGAGGCAGCAUUUUUUUUUUAUCAUGACUGAAACAUAUACAGCCAGCAUGAAUACAGAAACAUACGAUAUCUACGAAACAGAAAACAUAUGCACGACCGAAGGCUCAAACCUGAACCCACAUCUCAAGGCUGCCAUUUUCUACCUUGUUUUUGUGCUUGGCCUCAUCGGCAACGUCACCGUCUUAUGGGUCCUCUUGAAAAUCAUGCACGUGAAAAAUAUGACAAACCUCUGCCUGUUGAAUCUGGCUGUGUCGGACCUGCUGAUGGUCCUCUCGCUGCCCUCCUGGGCUCUCUAUGCUCAGGGCCACUACUUAAAAGGCAAUGAAAUGUGUAAGGCAAUGGCGGGUACGUACCAAGUGGGAUUUUACAGCGGGAUCUUAUUCGUGACUCUGAUGAGCGUUGAUCGCUAUUUGGUCAUCGUGCACGCCGUUGCAGUACUGGGAGCGAAGAUGCUACGUUACGGAAUUGUGGUAAGUCUCCUUAUAUGGAUGGUCGCGAUCUGCGCUGCCCUUCCAGAGGCCAUCUUUGCGGCAAUGGUCACAGAGGACAACGUCACCAGCUGUCAGAGAAUUUAUCCUUUUGGGUCAGCCCAGAAGUGGAAGCUGUUCCGUAACUUUGGUGAAAACGCAGUAGGACUGUUCAUAUCUUUGCCCAUUUUAGCCUACUGCUACAUCAGGGUCCUAAUGGUUGUGAAGAAGACAAAAAACUCAAAGAAGGAACGUGCCAUAAAGCUCAUCUUAGGCAUCGUCAUUGUGUUUGUGGUCUUCUGGGUGCCCUACAACGUGGUGGUGUUUCUGAAAACCUUGCAGGAGUUUGGCAUGUUAAGUACCUGCGAGGCUUAUCGUCAAGUCAGCAUGGCCAUGGACUUAACAGAGACCAUCGCGCUCACUCACUGCUGUGUAAAUCCGGUCAUUUAUGCUUUUGUCGGGGAAAAGUUUAGGAAAUGCCUUGUGAGUGCAUUUUCGAGAUAUCUUGGAUGCGUGAAGAUUUACCAGUCGACAUCUACGCAAUCCAAAGUUUCGGAGAACGAAACUUCCAACACGGCUAUUUUUUUUACAUCUCCUAUCAAAAGCACGCAGGUUUAGUUCGGAAAAGUUACGGUUUGUUUGUAAAUAUUAUGCUUAUAUUUGAAAGCAUUUUUUUCAUGCGUUGCGGCGUAUUACGUUUGUUGGUUUCAUGAUAUAACAUAAAUUAUACUACCUCAAUUAGUAAAACCAAAUGUCGAUGAUAAAAAUGAUGAUGUGAAAUCAUGUAAGAAUACAACAUUUUCUUCUUCAGGUCGGUAUAGGGCAAGAGGUGCUUUCAGCUUUCUGUGGCUUGAAAAUUGACUGAUGCAUUAAAUAUAAUGAAUUUACAAAUGAUUUACUGUUACCAAAAUAUCUGCUCCUUAGUAUAUCUAAGGUCUCAAUACAUGACCUUCUUAAAAGUUCAUUACUAUUUCAGUAUGAUAGUUACUAACGACACAUAAUAAAAAACUUCCUUAACCACACACACUUUGAAACCAAAACCUAAUCCCCUUCACAUGGGCUAUAAGAGGAUGCGUGUGUGUGUGUGUGUGUGUGUGUGUGUGUGUGUGCGCGCGUGUGUGUAGUGUUGACAUAGAGGAACUGUACUUUGAAUGUAUUCUUUACUGGAUCGAUGUGAAUAUUGUGUAUUCCUAAUAUAUGUUACAUUAGAUGUCUAAACUACUUAUUUCAAAUGCACUGAUACUUAUAUCCAGAUGUAUAUCAACAUGUAAAUAAACAAAGAAAUAAAAUGA